AUGAUGGACACGAACAACUCGUCGGUGACGGCCUCGCUAGUUGUCGCGCCGACGGUACUGCUAUCCCUCUUCCUGCUGCAGUGGACGCGGUGGAGACGACGCCGGCUCGACCCCGACCGGCUGAGCGAGCGUCUCCGCGAGACGUACAUGAAGCCGCACUCGGGCCUCGAGCUGCGGAUUGGGCUCGACAUCGGCGGCUCGCUGGCGAAGCUAACGUUUCUGGAGAAGGAUGGAGUGAAGACGCCCUUUCUGGACUUUAUCGUGCGCACCAGCACCCGCCCGCGCCCAGCAGCCCACGCGCCCGCUCGGCGCGCCCGACCCUCCGCUGCCGCGGCGCAGAAAAACUCAAACACGUACGGGAACUCUGGGGUGCGCGACGAGGCGCUCGCCGUCUCGAUGCCGGAGCUGGGCGGGCGGAUGCACUUUGUGCGCUUCGAGACGGGCCACGUUCGCAACGCCGUAGAGCUGAUGAAGGCGCGCGGCACAGAGGGCGGCACAGCAAACAACCUGGAGGCUGGCUUCACCACGAUGUACGCGACGGGCGGCGGCGCGCACAAGUUCAAGGGCGUCAUCGAGGAGAGCCUCGGCUGCGAGCUGACGGCGUGCUCGGAGCUGGGCACUGCUGCCGUCACCCGCCGCUCGGUCCCGCUGCGGACGCACGACAAGGAGCCUCGCACCUCUUCGGAGCGGGCCGCCGCCCGCGGCGUGGUGCGGGUGCAGCGCGACCUCUCGGGCAUCAACUUCUUCCCCUUCCUCCUCUGCAACGUCGGCACCGGCUGCUCCAUCCUAAAGGUCACGUCCGAGUCGCAGUUCGAGCGCGUCUCCGGCACUGCGCUCGGCGGCGGCACCUUUCUCGGCCUCUGCCGCCGCCUCACGAAGGCGGCCUCCUUCAAGGAGGCGCCAGCGAUGGACAUGGCGGAGGACGGCGACGCGCGGAAGGUCGACAUGCUCGACCGCGCCGGGCUGCAGCUGCCGGGCGACCUCACCGCCUCCUUCUUCGCGCGCGCCCUGUCGGCGGAGCCGAAGGCGAGCGACGCCGACCUCUGCAAGGCUCUCGUCGUGAUGAUCUCGCAGAACCUGGCGCAGAUCGCGCACCUCAACGCGCAGGUGCACGGGCUGCGGCGCGUCUUCUUCACCGGCGCGCGCAGAGGGGGCAGGGAGGGAGGGGCAGAGGGACGGCGGACGAGUCGAGAGGCGCAGGGGUGGGGCAACUUCCUGCGCGGCAACGAUCUCGCCAUGCGCACCAUCGUCUACACGCUGCAGCGCAUGCCGCGCGUCGUCGUGCACGGCGAGCUGGGCCGCAGAAAACGCGAGACCCGAGGCCCCUCCCUCCCCCCAGCCAGCGACUUGCUGCUGCCCGUCGGCGCCGAGCCGACCGAGGCGGUCUUCUUCCGGCACGAGGGCUACUUUGGCGCCAUCGGCGCCUACCUGGAGCAGUGUCGCAACUGCGCUAGCGCCUGCCCGAGGCCAACGGAAAAGGUUGCGUGCGUGCAAAAGUGGUACGUCUACGUGGCGCUCGGCGGCGUCUUCUCGUGGAUCGUCCUCCUCAACGCGCGGCUGCACCCCGCCCUCGCCCUCGCCUUUGUCGUCCCCUUCAUGCCCGCCGAUGGCCACCACGCCGCGCUGCACGCCUUUGAGCACGCCAUCAAGGCGCCCGUCGACCUCGGCAUGUUCUUCUUCACGCUCGCCAACGCGGGCAUCGACCUCAAGGGCGGCGUCGGCGGCCUGACCUUCUCGGUGCUGCUCGCGCUCGCGCUCGGCAAGGUGAUCGGCAUCGCGGGCUUUGCCUACCUCGCGCACCGCUUCGGCGUCGCGCGGCUGCCCGGCUCGAUGCGCGUGACGGACCUGCUGAUGGUUGGCAUCAUCGCGGCCGUCGGCCUCACGGUGGCGCUCUUCAUCUCGGGCGAGGCCUUCACCGACGAGGCGCUCGCGGGCGAGGCCAAGAUGGGCUCGCUCCUCUCAAUCUGCAUGGGCGCCAUCGCGCUCGCGCUGGGCCAACUGCCCCACUUCAAGACGUUGGCUGCCUGCCCGCCGCCAAAGAAGGGCGUCGCCUUCUCCGACAUUGACAUGCUGGUCGAGGACCAGGACCAGGACGACCUGCUCCUCGCGGUCACCUCUUCGCUGCAGCGCUCCAUGCUGCUCCGCAAGGCCUUCCUCGCGGGUGACCGCUACUUUAGCGACCACCCGAAGCUGCGCAAGGCGUCGUCACUCGAGCCGGUGCACGAGGCGUCUGACGCGGAGCAGCGCCUCUGA